GAGGCGCUGCGGCUUGUGCGAGCUUGUGCGGUCCGCGGGUACGACGAGGGCGUCUCGGUGGACGUCCACCUGAACGUCGACGCCAAGCGCACCGAGGAGCGCGUGCGCGGGCAGGUCAUGCUGCCGCACGGUCAGGGCAAGACCGUCCGCGUCGCGGUCUUUGCGCGCGGUGCCGACGCCGACGCAGCCCGCGCGGCCGGUGCGGACCUGGUGGGAGCGGAGGAGCUGGUGGCCGAGGUGCUGGCCGGGCGGCUCGACUUUGAACGCGUGCUCGCCACGCCCGACGCGCUGCCCGCCCUCGCCAAGGCUGCGCGCGUGCUCGGCCCCAAGGGGCUGAUGCCAAAUCCAAAGCGAGGGACAGUGGUGACGGAGGUGGCGGCGGCGGUGCAGCAGGCCAAGGCGGGGCAGGUCGAGUUCCGCGCGCAGAACCAGGGCGUCGUGAUGGUCGGGCUGGGCAAGGUCUCCUUCGGCGCCGACCGCCUCGCAGAUAAC